UUUAAAAGGGAAGAGCCUGACUCUGGGCAGCCAGAGAAGAGCUGGGCCAACAAGGAAACAGCCAAGGAUGGCACAGUCUGGAGCCCUGCCCACUGGCUUUGGGGAGGUGGAGGUGCUGGCAGUGAGGACAGUCCUGCUGGUGGAAGCUCUCUCUGGUCUCAGCCUCAACAGCCUGACCAUCCUCUCCUUCUGCAAGGCCCCAGAGCUGCGGACACCCAGUCACCUGCUGGUGCUGAGCUUGGCGCUAGCCGACAGUGGAAUCAGCUUGAAUGCCCUUGUUGCAGCCACAUCCAGCCUUCUCAGUGUCUCCCACAGGCGCUGGCCCUACGGCUCCGAAGGCUGCCAAGCCCAUGGCUUCCAGGGCUUUAUGAUGGCGCUGGCCAGCCUCUGCGGCAGUGCAGCCCUUGCCUGGGGCCACUAUCUCCACUACUGCACGUGCAGCCGACUGGCAUGGAACAUGGCUGUGUUCUUGGUGUUCGGCGUGUGGCUGUCUUCUGCCUUCUGGGCAGCACUGCCCCUCCUGGGCUGGGGCCACUAUGACUAUGAACCUUUGGGGACAUGCUGCACCCUGAACUAUGCCAAGGGGGACAGAAACUUCAUCAGCUUUCUCAUCACCAUGGCUUUUUUCAACUACCUCCUGCCUCUCUUUAUCACACACACAUCCUAUCAGCUCAUGGAGCAGAAACUCGGGAAGACUGGCCACCCCCAGGUGAACACCUCUCUGCCCAUCAGGACGUUGCUCCUCUGCUGGGGCCCCUACGCCCUCCUGUAUCUCUAUGCAGCCAUCGCGGAUGUGUCUUCCAUCUCCCCAAAGCUGCAGAUGGUGCCCGCCCUCAUUGCCAAAAUGGUGCCCACGAUCAAUGCCAUUAACUACAGCCUGGGCAGUGAGAUGGUCCAGGGAAUCUGGCCGUGCCUCUCGCCACAGAAAAGCAAGCAGGACCGAGCCCAGUGA